AUGACUAAGCGCACCCCGAUUGCAUUUUGUAUUCGUGACUGGUGUAUCGAGCUGAGAGGAUUCAACUUCGGCAAGGUUGAUGCCAUCAACGUGGUGGCCGAUCUCAUUGUUGCGACGACGGUUCCGAUGGGUACGUACAGAAUCGCCAAGAGAUGGCUAGUAUGGGUCCAUCAUACGGGGGGAUAG